UAUAAACCUAUCAAAGAGAUGAUAUCAAAAACAAAAUAAAAACAAUUAAUGAAUUAAAGUGAAGAUAAGACCUUUAAUAUACUUAAAAACAUUUUAAAGUCUUUUGGUUCUAUAUAUUCAACUCACUUGCAACUAUGAGAGAGUAAUUAAGCCCACACAACAACAACAACAACAAAAACAAAAAGACAACAUUCAUCUAUCUAGGCUAUGAAGAUUACAAAACCACAUGCCGCCAUGUUCGCUAGCCCCGGAAUGGGCCACAUCAUUCCGGUGAUCGAGCUCGGAAAACGCUUAGCUGGAUCUCACGGCUUCCACGUCACCAUUUUCGUCCUUGAAACCGACGCAGCUUCCGCUCAAUCUCAGUUCCUAAACUCACCAGGCUGCGAUGCGGCCCUUGUUGAUGUUGUUGGCCUCCCAACUCCGGAUAUCACCGGUUUAGUCGACCCAUCAGCCUUUUUUGGGAUCAAGCUCUUGGUCAUGAUGCGUGAGACCAUUCCUACCCUUCGAUUAAAGAUCGCUGAGAUGCAACACAAACCAACGGCUUUGAUCGUAGACUUGUUUGGUUUGGACGCGAUACCGCUCGGUGGUGAGUUCAACAUGUUGACUUAUAUCUUCAUCGCUUCAAACGCACGUUUUCUCGCGGUGGCUUUGUAUUUCCCAACGUUGGACAAAGACAUGGAAGAAGAGCACACGAUCAAGAAGAAACCUAUGAUUAUGCCUGGAUGUGAACCGGUUCGGUUUGAGGAUACACUUGAAACAUUCCUUGACCCGAACAGCCAGCUGUACCAGGAAUUUGUUCCUUUCGGUUCAGUUUUCCCAACGGCUGAUGGUAUUAUUGUGAAUACUUGGGAUGAUAUGGAGCCCAAAACUUUGAAAUCUCUUCAAGACCCAAAGCUCUUGGGUCGGAUUGCUGGUGUACCGGUCUAUCCAAUUGGUCCUUUGUCCAGACCGGUUGAUCCAUCUAAAACUAAUCAUCCGGUUUUGGAUUGGUUAAACAAACAACCGGACGAGUCGGUACUUUACAUUUCAUUUGGAAGCGGCGGUUCUCUCUCGGCUAAACAGUUAACCGAAUUGGCUUGGGGGCUUGAGAUGAGUCAGCAACGGUUCGUUUGGGUGGUCCGACCGCCAGUUGACGGUUCAGCUUGCAGUGCAUAUUUCUCCGCUAACAGUGGUGAAAUACGAGACGGUACACCGGAUUAUCUACCGGAAGGUUUCGUUAGCCGGACUCAUGAGAGAGGCUUCGUGGUCUCUUCUUGGGCUCCCCAAGCAGAGAUCUUGGCCCACCAAGCCGUUGGUGGGUUUCUGACUCACUGCGGUUGGAAUUCGAUCCUCGAGAGCGUCGUUAGUGGCGUUCCGAUGAUUGCGUGGCCGCUCUUCGCGGAUCAGAUGAUGAACGCGACUCUCAUCAACGAAGAGCUUGGCAUUGCUGUCCGAUCUAAAAAACUCCCGUCGGAGGGAGUGAUUUGGAGGGAAGAGAUCAAGGCGUUGGUUAGAAAGAUCAUGGUGGAGGAGGAAGGUGUUGAGAUGAGAAAGAAGGUAAAGAAGCUGAAAGACACGGCGGCGGAGUCGCUGAGUUGCGACGGUGGAGUAGCGCACGAAUCGUUGUCAAGAAUCGCCGACGAGAGCAAGCAUCUUUUGGAGCGUGUCAGGUGCAUGGCACGUGGUGCCUAGGAACACUUACCGUUAAAAGUAUUUUACUUAUAAACUGCGUGUCGUUUUACCCUUUUCGUAUCUUGUAUUAUAGUUUCCGAGUCUUGCUUGCCAGUUGCCACAUGCUAUCACGUUGUUUUUUUUUUUUUUUUUUUUGUCAUGUCAACGCUAGUCGUUAUCACUAAUCACUAAUGUAUUAUAUUCAUUGUACAAAUAAUAAUCAGUUGUUUAAUUUGUA